AUGAAGAGUGAUUCACCGCGCAAGUUUGACAGGCUGCAUCUAAACUUGAAUGGAGAAGAAACAGUCGUUGAUCACAGACAAGUGACAGCAGCAGCGGAUAAUGCUGAUAACACAACUAGUGACUCUGUCAAACAAAAUCGUCGAGUCGUAGAAGCUGUUACUGAAGAACAAAAUCUGACAACUACGAAGAUCAUCAACGAUAUCAAAAUGAACCUUGAUCCUGUUGUGGGAUACGCCGAAGAACAUUUGCUGCCACUUUCCAAAGCAUGUGCUCCGCUGACUAACAUCCUCCACGAUUUAUCUGUCUACGUUCAAAUGGCGCUCGACGAAACCCCAGAAGAGCCACCCGACGGACUGACGAUCGACGAGAGCGCUGCAAUUCGUCUCUACACGAUCGAAUGGGAAGGACCACACCGAAGUCUCUAUUCGAUGCUCAAUUACACCCUCAAGACGGCGGAUCGCAAGGAUCUUCGACCCUAUUUCAAGUAUCUGAAACUGUUCUUGACUGCUCUGGCCAAACUACCAUGCGUCCCACAGCUGACCGUCUGGCGAGGGGUAACCAAAAACUUGAGCGCGGAAUUUCCACCCGGCACUCCGGUGACAUGGUGGGCAUUUUCAUCAUGCACAACUGCACUGACCGUACUCGAGAACAACAUGUAUUUAGGCAAUACGGGUGAGCGAACGCUCUUCUCCGUCGAAGCCAUUAAUGGUCGAACAGUACAAGCUCAUUCGCAUUUCGUUACCGAAGAUGAAAUUCUUCUUCUGCCUGGCACUUACAUGGUGGUUCAAUCGCAAUUCAGUCCGGCGCCCGAUCUCCACAUCAUUCAUUUGAAACAGAUGAUACCGGAAGAUGUGCUACUGGAGCCUCCAUUCGAAGGUGCAUAUCUUUAUCCAAAAACCAAGUAAGUCUAACUCCGCCUUCGUCUAGCUGUAUUUUUGACGAGACUUUCCAUCACAUUUACAAGGAGUCAUUGGUAUCAAAAGAAGAGAUUCAUCGUUCCAGUCAGCUUACUAGUGACUCUGCUCAUCGUGGCAGUCAUUGUCGGUUCCGUUUUGGGAUCAAGAUCUACAGGUAUGCAUUUUGAUAUUCCCUUUAGCUGGAAGGAGCGAUAGUUCAUGCCUGCAAGACUUGGCCAUCCCAUUUCACAUGCGCUAAAAGACAUUAAAACACUUAGAUUCACAAACAGUAUGUCAUCUCUGUAUCUUUCUUCCUCCUUCGAAACACCUUUUUUCAAACCUGUUGCCAUUUGUAGUAAUACAUUCAUCAAACGACAUAUCCUGCUUGGAACCAAGAAUGAAACAUCGACUUCUAAAGUCUGCAUUUAAAAACUCGAAAACACUUUCUUGUAUAACAUAUUCUUAAAUGUAGACAUGUUAGCCACCGAUCCGGUUUGGGAUUACAGUUCAGAUUUCCUCCUUUUAUUUUAUCUGUUCAUCGCCAUUAACGAUAUUUGAAUCCAUGAAUUCAAGAAUGGCAGACUGGAGAAAAUAGCAGAGCUUGUAUGAGUCGAUAAAUCUGCUGAAUUGUUUAUGAGUAAAACAAGAUUCCAGAAGACAGAUUUUAAAGCAUUUCCGUUAUUUUCAGCUGGAAUUGUUAGGAAACGACAUACUGAUUGAUUGAAAUUUGAUUCUAAACUGGUAAAAAAAUGGAUUAGUUAGAAUUCUGUCCCGGAUUAAUGCAAACCCGAUACAGAUUCUUCUGAGAAUCGACAUUCGGAAAGAAUCUCAAGAAUGAAAUGUUUGGCAGUGCAGGAUAAUAGAGUUUCGCCGAACGAAUCUAAUAAAUCCACUCUUAAAGUAGGUGGAUGAAAAUGAUAUCUGUCGUAGAGCUGGAACUGCAAGAGACUAGGGACAGAUUCAUGGUACACGCGGUACGUAUGAUCGCGUGUACCUGCGAGAUUUUGUUCGUUCUCUACCAGCAUAGUGUCAAUGGGAUCACGUCUUUACUAACCUGAUUAAUUCUUACUCUCUCAGUCAAUUACCCAAGAUUCUGCUGAAAGAUUGUUGAAUGCAUCCGUAAAACAAUGAAGGAGUCAAAUAGAUAAUGGCUACUUCGGUUUUAAACGGAGCCAGCUGCGUAGUUUACCCGAUAUAAGGAAAUUUUAACAAAUUUUCGUAGUAACCAUGCAUUUCCAUCAUAGUUGAGAUUGAGUUUACCAUCUGAGGAAGAAAUUCAACGAGCGAAAAACAGAAACCAUUCUAAUCGAACCGUCAGUUUAUGAAGUUCUCAUAGAAUGUUUAGUAAUAGAUAACGGAGUCUUGUCCAGGUUUUUCAGUCAUUCUUGCGUUAUCCUGUAUUAUCAUAAAACUCAUUUGUAAUUCUGGGUAUUGGGCCGCUGAACAUUUUUUGAGGAAGUCAAAGGAUGGUGCUUUGCUGUUGAGGCUAAUCUACUCUAGUGCUAAAAUGAAUUCCAGCAGCACGAAAGUGAUAAGCACAAAGAUCCGACACAACCUUGUUUGCUCCUUGCUCAUGGUAGACUAUUUCAAAGGGAUGAAUUUUUCGAGAAAAUGAAUACUUAGCAUACGGAGAAUCAGUUGUCGGUGGAUAUGUUCGAGACUGCUGCAAGCUGUACGGGAUCGGAAACAAGAUAAGUUUUGGAGAAUUUGACGGAUCUGGAACGUAUCUCGGGAAUUUUGAUCCCAUGAAAACAUGAAAAACGAUCACUUUCAGAAAAAAGCAAUCUCUGAACGUAAAAACGCAGCUUGUCCUCAUUCUUUUUUCUGCAUUACAUACUUUUCUACCCAAUCAUGAAUUCGUAAGCGAAAAAAUCUAGAUACACUUGCUGGGGUAUUGCCCGAUACUCCAGCAAAAGUAUCUAGAUAAAAGAGUAAAACAUAUCGGGUUAUCUAGAUGCAUCUGGUUUUACUCGAUUACACGAUGCAAUAUCUGAUGCAUCUAGUAAGAAAUUAUGGUGGAUAGAAAACAAUAAGAACUAGCGAUUAAGCGUACGGUUCGUCUAGCUGUUUAAAAAAAGAAUCGCUAGAUAUAAAAAGCGUUAUAAUUAGUUGUAAAUCGAGGUGAAAAAAAAGGAAGAAAGAAACACAGCUCGUGCAGAGAUUCGAACUCUGUACCUACAGAUCAGUGGUCUUCUAUCUACGCCAUUGUACCACACGAGCUUACACAAAUAGAUAUACAUUUUUCAUUCUCUUCUUGUUAUUAUGGAUAGAAAUAACACUACAUUUAAAAUAACUAAUUAACAAUAAUAAGCGUUUCUCACCAUGAUGGAAGCAUUUAUUAGACUUGAGUCUGGAACAUGAAAUGCUGGAA